CACUUUCCUCCCAUAAAUUAGAUUCCCUUACAUCUCAUAAAUUCAUUUUGUUCUCAUUUUCUUGAAAAUAUUCAAAACGUUUGUUUAAUCAGUUUCAGCAUUUCCGUAAAAAUAUUUCUUUACUAUCAAUUGUUUUGUGCAUUGUAGUCUCUUGUGAAGAGCAAACGAUAAACCUCCCUCUGUCAUCUGUGCACAGCUUCAGAGGUAGGCCAUCCAAAAAAGGAAAAUAAAAAUCCCAAAGACCACAAAACCAAGAGCAGAACCAAAACUGAAAACUCUUUUCUAAAGGGUGAAGCUGUUGAAACCAAACCAAAGGUACACCAAAUACUCAACCUUUUAAUCUAUGCUUAGUUUUAGCUAAAAUCCACCAAGCACCUACGGAUCCCUACCAAAACUGCAAGGAAACUGUAAUGAUUUGAUUCAAUAAAACUACCCCAACAAAUGGGUUUUGGUUUUUCUUCAAAACCCUUGUUUCUUUUCCUCUCAUUUCUUGUUUUGUUUACCAAUCUUGAACUUUCUUCACUAGUUGAAUCUGCUUCUGAUUACACAACGUUGGUCUACAAAGGUUGUGCAAAGCAGGCUUUCACAGAUCCAGCUGGGAUAUACUCACAGGCCCUGUCUGCCUUGUUUCAAACUUUGCUUUCACAGUCCAUGAAGGUAAAGUUUUUCAAGACAACUACAGGUACUGGUCAAACUACCAUUACCGGCCUUUUUCAAUGUAGGGGAGACCUCAGUAACAGUGACUGUUACAACUGUGUCAGCCAGCUCCCAACUUUAGCUAACAAACUUUGUGGCAAAACUAUAGCUUCAAGAAUCCAACUUUAUGGCUGCUACAUGUUGUAUGAAGUUGCUGGCUUUGCUCAAAUUUCAGGCAUGGAAAUGUUGUUCAAGACUUGUGGUGCCACAAAUGUUGCUGGAACCGGAUUUGAAGAGAGGAGAGAUACUGCUUUUUCAGUUUUGGAAAAUGGGGUGGUUAGUAGCCAUGGUUUUUAUACCACAAAUUACCAAUCUGUUUAUUUAUUGGGGCAAUGUGAAGGAGAUGUGGGAGAUUCAGAUUGUGGAGAUUGCAUAAAGAGUGCUGUUCAAAGAGCUCAAGUAGAAUGUGGGAGUUCCAUCUCAGGUCAAAUCUAUCUGCAUAAGUGCUUCAUUAGUUACAGUUAUUAUCCUAAUGGUGUUCCUAGAAGAUCAUCAUCUUCUUCAUAUUCACAUCCUUCAUCUUCAUCAGGGACAGGCCAAAAUACAGGAAAGACAGUGGCUAUAAUAUUGGGAGGGGCAGCAGGAGUGGGAUUCCUUGUAAUUUUGUUGAUGUUUGCCAGAGGUGUGAUGAAGAAACGCGAUGGUAUGCAUUUGUGACGUACAAAAAUUUAUUUGUAUUCUCUAUUCCUGCUUUCUAUUGUUGAAUAGGAGUUUGUAAAUUGAUUGCUGAUACACAUUUAUUUAUCUUUUAAUUUCUUUUCAGAUUCCUGAAGGGGUCAGCGUUCAUUUAGAGGUAGAUUCUUUCAAGCAGAACAUUUCUUUCCUCGUUUUGAAAUUUGAUUUGGGUUUUUUUCUGGUGAAUAUAUUUGGUGGAGAAAGAGCUGUUCCAAUUAGGUAAGAAUUUGAGGGUAAGAACUCAGAGAAGCAUUGGCCAUUAGAGGGAGGGCAUGAAAAUGUAAACAUGCAUUUUUUUCUCAAAGGUGAAAAAGAUGAUAUUGCAAGGAACUAUAAAAGAAUUAAUGUUUUUGUCAUCUUGAAUGGAUGAUAGAGAAUGAGAUUUUGAGCAAUGGGUUUUUACUGGCCAUGUGGUUAUUUGUCCUUUUUUUUUUUUCUCCCUUCUCCAUGCUAUUGCUUCUUCAUUUUUCUUCAUAUCUUUUGAUCUUUCUAUGCUUUUCAUAAAGCAGUUCCCUAUGCCUCACACACACACACGCUCUCUCACCAUACUGUUGAAAUCUUUUGUAUUUGCUGGUUGGAGCAGGCCAUGAUUUCCUUUAUUUAUUUCUUUUUCUUUUUUUUUUUUGCUUUUUGAUUUUUUUAUGCAAAGAGAUGCAGAGAAGGGAUUGCAAGGGAUUUGAACUUCAAAGUUAUUUGAAAGUCAAAUUUUAAAUAUAAUUAUAUGAAUUGAUAUAUAAUUGAUUGAAUUAAGUUUUAGAUUAUUUUUU